ACAAAACUUAACUAAAGGCGACCGUCGGAUGAAGUGUGAGGUGCUGUCAGGAUGCAGAGGGGUUUCCAGUUGGGCCUGCUGCUUCUGGCCGUCCAGCUAUUCCAGGAGGGUCUGGGCAACAUCCCAGCAGUCACCCUGGCUGUCCUGGGAUUCAAUGUGUAUCUUUACAUGUUCCCUGCUGCUCCGCUGAUGAAGGCCUGUGUGAGCCUCCAGUAUGUGUACAAGGAUAAAGACUGGCGUCGCCUCUUCCUCUCCCCCCUGCACCACGUCGAUGACUGGCAUCUCUACUUCAACAUGGUGUCCUUCCUCUGGAAAGGUAUCAGGCUGGAGCGCCGUCUGGGCGGAGGCUGGUUCCUCUACCUGCUGUCAGUCUUCUCUCUGCUCACCGGAUUGGUCUAUCUGCUGCUGCAGGCAGCGCUGACAACCCUCAUGAAAGACUCUGAUCUGUUAGCAGGAUUCAUAGAAGUGUCAUCGCACAGUAGGGAGUGUGCUGUCGGCUUCUCAGGUGUCCUGUUCGCUCUGAAGGUGGUCACUAACCAUUAUAACCCAGGUGGCGUCACGUUCGUGUUGAAUAUUCGUGUGUCCAACCGCUUCGCUAGCUGGGUGGAGCUGGUGCUGAUCUAUCUAAUUGCUCCAGGGACUUCUUUGAUUGGCCACCUGGCAGGUAUCCUGGUGGGUUUGCUCUACACUGUGGGUCCACUGGAGACCAUCAUGAAGACAAGUGCAGAUGGAAAUAAUCCUCGAACAAGUUCAUACUUCAACUUUUCAGGUUACAGUGGGACUACACGAGAACACUCAGAAGAUCCACAGCAUGCAGAAGAUCAUACUGUAGAUGAUGCAUCUAAAUCUGAUAUUGCAAGACUGACAGAGGAAGAGCAGUUAGAGAUGGCGAUCAGAAACAGCCUGAAUGAUGGAGGACGAACCAGGCAGAGAGAAACUGCACGUCCAGCUUAUGGUGUCCACCCCACUGCGGAGGAGGUGAGACUUGAGGAGCUCAGGAGGAGGAGAUUGAGGAGGUUUGGAGAAGUUUCCAACAAGGGGAGGAGAAGAUUGUAAUAAUGACACUUUCACAAUAUCUCAUAUAAUCAGUCUCCUACCAACAGUACAUCGCAGUGUGAAAACUGUUGGGGUAGCUUCUUUCCAUCACUCUGUCUACUUUGUGCUUUUGUGUUUCUCGUGAGGACUUUCUUGUUGAGAACACACCAGAUCUUAUCACUGCUUUAUGGGCAGAAGCUGAAUGAAGGAUUUGGUCUGUGCGCUAGAAAUAAAACCCUAUAACGUUUUCUUUUGAAGAGACAUUUACUGUUAAUCUUCAAAGGAAAAGUUUUACGAAUACGCUUAUUUGCUUUCUUGUUAAGAGUUGGAUAAGUAGAUCAAUAACUCUCUGUCUGUACUCAAUGUAUGAAGCUACCACCAGCAGCUGUCUAACUUAGCCUGGCUCUGUCCAUCUGUAACAAACUCUGUGUGGCAGAUUAUUGCUUGGUGGGGACCAGUUGUCCAGCUAAGCAGAGACUAGAGGAAGUUACUGAUCACUUGACGGACACUUGAUAUGAUCUGGUCACUUCCAUGUACAUAAAUGUAUAUUUGCAGAUUUUAAAUGUACCCUUCCACAGGCACUAUCACACUUAUAAUAAUUUAUUUUACAAUGCAUUCUAUAUUCUGUAGGAUUGCCGCUCUCUUUAUUGUUUACUUUUUCAUCUUCUGUAAGGCCUACUUCAUAGCUGGCAUUUUUUCUGUUCUGACUAGGGAAUAGUCGAACUCGAACCUUUCCUUAAAAACCGUCUGCUAUUAGAUAAAAUGUUUAGCUCCUGGACGUAGACUUGUUUGUUGUUAAAAACAACAACAUUUACCAGGACAAUGUACAUACAGGUGGAUUUUUCAGUUUAUGCCGAUUAACCACUUCCUAUUGCUAACAUUCAGUGUUUGUUCCCUUUAAUCUUUCUCCAACCUCA